AUGAAGAUGAAUGAAGACAAGCAUGAAGAUGUGGUGACAAGUUGCUUAUUUUUCCUUAGUGGAGUGCCGAACCCCAAGAAAAAGAAGAACUUCAGACUUGUUCUGGAUGGGCCAAUACUAACUGGAACCUACCCAUUUCUUCUGCCUUUUGCUUUUGCUGUGGAAGAAAUCAACAGGAGUCUGUAUCUUCUACCAAAUGUGUCUCUUGUAUUUCACUUCGUCCCUAGCAAUUCUGAUGAUAAACGGGGAUAUCAAAAUUUCACAAAUAAUUUUGAAGAAAUGCAUACUCUUCUCCUUAACUACAACUGUGAAGAUGAGGCUAAUUGUAGAGUAGCAAUUACAGGACCAAUGUCAUCAACAUCUGUGAGGGUGACACCAUUUCUCCAGCUCUACAAAUAUCCACAGGUUAUCAUUUAUGGUGACACAGACAGUACUCUAGCUGUGUGCUUUAGAAUGUGGAUAUUACAGGGUAUACAGAGACUAUGGGUCACCACCUCACACUGGGAUGUCAUUACAACCAUGAGAGACUUCACCCUUGACUCAUUCCAUGGGACUCUUGCCUUUGCACACCACCAUGCUGAGAUUUCUGGUUUUAAAAAUUAUGUUCAGACAUUGAACCCUUCCAAAUACACAGACAUGUUCCUGGCAGGACUGGGGUGGAUGUACAUUAGCGGUGAAGCCUCAACAUCUAGCUGUAAGACACUGGAGUACUGCUCAUCUAACGUCUCACUGGAAUGGUUAAUGCUACAGAGUUUUGACAUGGCCUUUAGUGAUGAUGCCUAUGGUAUAUACAGUGCUGUGUAUGCUAUGGCCCAUGCUCUCCAUGAAAUGCUUCUUCAUCAAGUAGAAAAUCAGUCAAUCACCCUGAGAGCACUGGAUUCUGACUGCUCACAGCUUCACCUAUUUCUGCAGAAUAUGCACUUUGUUAAUCCUGUUGGAGAUGUAAUAAAUAUGAAUCAGAAAGAAAAACUGCAAGCCGAGUAUGACAUUUACCACAUUUGUAAUUUCCCCCAUGGUGUUGGACUUAAGGUGAAAGUAGGAGAGUUUAAGCCAUAUUUUCCACAUGGUGAACAGCUCCAUUUAUAUGAAGACAUGAUAGAGUGGGCCACAGGAACUAGACAUAUGCCAUCUGCUGUGUGCAGUGUUGACUGUCACCCUGGAUUCAGAAAAUUCCAUCAAGAAGGAAUGGCAGCCUGUUGUUUUGAUUGCACCCCCUGCCCAGCAAAUGAAAUUUCCAAUGAGACAGCAGAUGUGGAUCAGUGUAUGAAGUGUCCAGAGGACCAGUAUGCCAACAAAGAGCAGAACCACUGCCUCCGCAAAGAUGUGACCUUUCUGGGCUUCGAUGAACCCUUGGGGAUGACUCUGUCUUGCAUGGCCUUAUGUUUGUCUGCAUUCACGGUUAUGGUUCUUGGGGUCUUUGUGAAAUAUCAAGACACUCCCAUUGUGAAGGCCAAUAACCUCACUCUCAGCUACAUCCUGCUCAUCUCCCUCAUCUUCUGUUUCCUCUGUUCCUUGCUCUUCAUUGGCCAUCCAAACUCAGCUACCUGUGUCCUGCAGCAAAUAACAUAUGGUAUUUUAUUCACUGUAGCUGUUUCCACUGUGUUGGCCAAGACAAUUACUGUGGUUUUGGCUUUCAAAGUCACUUCUCCUGGAAGAAGGAUGAAGUGGCUCCUGGUAUCAGGGGUACCUAACUACAUCAUUCCCUUCUGCACCAUCAUACAAAUUAUUCUCUGUGCAAUCUGGCUGGGAGUUUCUCCUCCCUCUGUUGACAUUGAUGCAUACUCUGAGCAUGGCUACAUCAUCAUUGUGUGCAACAAGGGUUCAGUAACUUCUUUCUACUCUGUCUUGGGAUACCUGGGCUCUCUGGCCCUGGGGAGCUUCACUGUAGCUUUUUUGGCCAGGAAUCUCCCUGACACAUUCAAUGAAGCCAAAUUCUUGACAUUCAGCAUGCUGUUGUUCUGCACUGUCUGGGUCACUUUUCUCCCUGUCUACCACAGCUCCAAGGGGAAGAUAAUGAUGGCUGUGGAGGUCUUCUCCAUCUUAGCCUCCAGUGCAGGCUUGCUGGGAUGCAUCUUUGUCCCCAAGUGCUACAUCAUUUUAAUAAGACCAGAGAGAAAUUCUCUUCAAAAGUUAAGAGAGAAAUCAUCUUCCAGAAAUCCCAUUUCAUAA